CGGAGUGGGCGUAGUAAAAAAUGGAAAGAGAUGCUGAAGUUGCCACCUGUUAGUCAUUGCGAAGGUAUUAGAUGCUCAAUCGAAAGAGACUAUAACCAGCUUUGUGACAAACAGCCAAUAGGAAGACUUCUCUUCAGGCAGUUCUGUGAUUCCAGACCAGAUUUGAAAAGAUGCAUUGAAUUUCUGGAUGCAGUGGCAGAAUAUGAGGUAUCUUCAGAUGAAAAGCGUAUAGACUGUGGCCUGAAAGUUUUAGAGACGUACUUCACUAAUGGGUCUGCAGCACACUUGCCAGAAAUACCUCAGGAAACAGUAAAUGAAUGUAAAGCAAGACUGGAAAAGAACCCUUCUAAGGAUCUUUUUAUGGACUGUACUAGAAUUGUCCAUGAAUACUUAAGCAGAAGACCUUUUGAAGCUUACCAAGAAAGCGUGUAUUUUUCCCGUUUUUUACAGUGGAAAUGGCUGGAAAAGCAACCAGUAACCAAACACACAUUCAGGCAUUACCGAGUACUAGGCAAAGGUGGAUUUGGAGAGGUGUGUGCCUGUCAAGUACGGGCAACAGGAAAAAUGUAUGCUUGUAAAAAGCUAGAAAAAAAGAGAAUAAAGAAGAGGAAAGGAGAAUCAAUGGCUUUAAAUGAAAAAAGAAUUCUAGAGAAAGUGAAUAGUAGGUUUGUAGUUAGUUUAUCCUAUACAUAUGAGACGAAAGAUGCCCUGUGUUUAGUAUUAACCAUAAUGAAUGGAGGGGAUUUGAAGUUUCACAUAUAUAAUAUGGGAAAUCCUGGCUUUGAUGAAGAAAGGGCUAUUUUCUAUGCUGCAGAACUGUGCUGCGGUCUGGAGGAUUUGCAGAAGGAGAGAAUUGUUUACAGAGAUUUGAAGCCUGAGAAUAUACUCCUGGAUGACUGUGGGCAUAUCAGAAUUUCAGAUCUUGGAUUAGCUGUGCAGAUUCCAGAAGGAGAAACGGUCCGAGGACGGGUUGGGACUGUUGGUUACAUGGCUCCAGAAGUGCUCAAAAAUGAAAAGUAUACAUUCAGCCCGGACUGGUGGGGUCUUGGGUGCUUGAUUUAUGAAAUGAUUGAAGGACAGUCUCCAUUCAGGAAGCAUAAGGAAAGGGUCAAACGGGAUGAGAUUGACCGGAGAGUAAAGGAAGACCAGGAAACAUAUUCAGACAAGUUCUCGGAGGAGGCAAAAUCCAUCUGCAGGAUGUUACUUGCUAAAAAUCCAGAGGAACGACUGGGUUGCACUGAAGAUGGAGCUGCUAUUGUAAAGCAACAUCCUAUUUUCAAGAAUAUUAACUUCAAGAGGCUGGAAGCUAACAUGUUAGAACCUCCGUUCUUGCCAGAUCCUCGUGCCGUAUAUUGUAAAGAUGUCCUGGACAUAGAGCAGUUCUCAACAGUAAAAGGAGUGAACCUGGAUACUACAGAUGAUGACUUCUAUUCCAAAUUUGUUACGGGUUGUGUCUCAAUUCCUUGGCAAAAUGAGAUGAUUGAAACGGGAUGCUUUGAAGAUAUCAAUGCAUAUGAAACCGAUGGUACUGUGUCACCAGACAGAGAGAGGUCUCCUAAACCAAAGAGAGGCUUCUUUCACAGACUUUUUAGUGGAGAGGUCUGCUUUAAAUCUGAUUGCAGUGAUGAUGAGCAGGAGUCCUCCAGACUUUAAAUCAUUUUACUCUCAUCAGAAAUGAUGAGCAAACUUUAAAUGUUUUAUAUCUCUGUAGCAAAGUGUAUUAUAUCUAUUUUUUAUCUGAGUUCAAGGAUUUUUGUACAUUUGUACUUCAUUUGUUUUAAGAUGUAUAUUUUCACUAAAGCUUAAUUGUACAAAAA